UCUCACCCACCUCUGUCAUCUCAGGGAAGAAGGGGGGAAAGUCAUUAGGCACAAAUGGGGAGGAGAGAAUAGCUAGUGGUUGCAAUCGCCAUUAAAGUCAGGGCAAAGCUCAGAGCCACUGAGAGACAGUGAGAGGACUGCGCUGGGGAAUAUCUGCCCAGGGAAUACAAUAUGUUUUCAGCCCAUUAAGUUGGAUAAACAAAUGGCUUACUGUAGGAGAUGCUGAGAGUCAUGGACAUCAUCAGGAAAACACUGGGAAAUCAAUAACUCCAGAGGGGUGGUGAGGACCAUUAAUGGGAUGCCAUGAAAUGUACUUUGAAGACGCCAACAGCCUAUCUCAGUGCAACCCUUGUCUGGCACUAAAUUGAUGUCGUGGAGCAGUGGUGAAUCGGAGACUGGGCAAGAUGGGUAACGCCAUGCGAGGCGUUAUUGCCUUCAUUCCCUCCGAGCGCUGUCAACGUUUCCUAGUAGGGGACCUAAAGGAGAUGCCACCCGAUCGGACCCUGGACCUUAGCAGCCGGCAGCUGCGCCGGCUGCCUGUUGCUGCCUGUGUUUUCACUGAGCUGGUGAAACUCUACCUGAGCGACAACAACCUCAGCAGCUUACCGGCUGAGCUGCAGGACCUGAAGAAGCUGCAGCUCCUGGCCCUUGACUUCAACUGCUUUGAAGAGCUCCCUGCAGUUGUUUGCAGAUUGCCCCAGCUCAGCAUCCUUUACCUGGGUAACAACAGGCUUUACAGCCUCCCCAGAGAACUGAGAGAGCUCAAGGAACUUAGCACUCUGUGGCUGGAGACUAAUUGCUUCACCGUUUUUCCCAAGGUGGUUUGUGAGCUCUCUAAUCUCAAGACCCUGCACCUUGGUUAUAAUCAGAUACAGAGUUUACCAAAAGAGCUUGGAGGGCUGGAAGAGCUAAGAAGUAUCUGGCUUGCUGGGAACCAGCUGGCAGCAUUCCCACUAGUGUUGCUGGAAAUGCACCUUUUAGCUGUCAUUGAUGUGGAUCGGAACAAAAUACGCUACUUCCCAAACCUGGCUCACAUGCAGGGGUUGAAACUUGUCAUCUAUGAUCACAACCCCUGCGUUAAUGCCCCUGCAGUGGGCGAGGGAGUCAGAAGAGUCGGGCGCUGGGCGGACAGCUCAGAUGAUGAGCAGGAAGACGACGGGUCAAAAGUAGCAAGUGAGACUACAGCAGAGGUCACGGAAGUACACCCCGAGGAGGAGCACAACAUUUAGGUUCAAGGAACAAAGUGACCCUCAGCCGUGGCGAGGCCUGGCAGUACAGGAUGACGUUCAAGUGGAACACUUAACGCCGAGUGGUGUGUUGUACAUCAGGCUGAUGGCAUUUUGUCCAUAUAUGGUAAAGCCAAGUUGUUGUACACAUGUAAAAAGGGAAAUUUGAAUCUUAAAAUAAAAAAAAUGUUUGACAUGUCUGGUUACUUA